GCAGUGAAAGUCUCACAGUUCAGAAUUGUUUGUGCUUUCGCAGUGUCGGAACCAGGCAACUCUGAGAUCAAAAUCCUAGUUUUUUAGUUUUCUACUCAAUUUUUAUUGUACCUUGUAACUCACAAUAUACAAGCAAGAAAUCAAUUGACACAAUGGCCACCAUUCGCCAGAACUACCAUGAGGAGAACGAGGCGGGCGUCAACAAGCAGAUCAACCUGGAGCUGUACGCCUCCUACGUGUACUUGUCCAUGUCCUACUACUUCAAGCAUGCCAAUAUCGGCCUCCCCGGUGCUCACGAGUACUUCAAGAAGGCUUCGGAUGAGGAGCGUGACCACGCCCAGAUGUUCAUGAAGUUUCAGAAUCAGCGUGGCGGAUCCAUCGUCUUGCAGGACAUCAAGAAACCAGAAACUGAUUCCUGGGGUUCUCUGAUGGAUGCUGUGAAUGCUGCCUUGACACUGGAGAAGAAAGUCAACCAGGCUCUGCUGGAUCUGCACAAGGUGGCCGACAAGAACGGGGAUGCCCAGAUGUGCGACUGGAUCGAGCAGAACUUCCUGACCCACCAAGUGGAGGCCAUCAAGGAGCUGGGUGACCACCUGACUCAGCUGAACCGCGUCGGGUCCGGCCUGGGCGAGUACGUGUACGACCGGGAGGGCCUGAAGGACUAGUUCUGGCGACUGGACCCCAAGGCUACGUGGCCGGUUUUAGCUGACUGUAAUUGAGAUUGUGCCGACUCGAACAUGGCAUUAAUACACUGCGAACGAAUCAACUCAUUGGCUUGUUGAUCAGUUGGUGGAUCAGCAAAAUGAUCACGGUACCGUGGAUUUUUUUUCAAGAAUGCACCCCUGUCAACCAUUUCGUUGACAAGUCCACUUGUGAUCUUUUGCUUAUCCAUCAAUCAGCCAACAAGUGACGAAGUUGAUUGUAGUCAGCUAUAACUGGUAAACGGAUCUAUAAGACAGAGGCAUAGAUUUAGUCAUAUAGCUAAUACACAACGUUUCUUCUUGUAUUACUCGACCAACUCUAAACCAUAUUCAGAUAUCAAACACAAAGACCACGAAUUCGCAUGCAUUCCUUUUCUAACAAACAAAACAAAUUUCUAGGUUAUUAGCAGUAUACAUCAGUACUUCACAUGCUUCGCAUUCUGCAAUUUGUUCACAAUAAGAGACUCUUGAAAUGCUUGGUGGCAGUUAGCACACCAGUCCUUUUAAUCUAUUCUUUGAAUAAAUUACCGUGCGCACGUUAAGUGAAACAAGACGCAAAACACCCAAAAAAGGUCCGUCGCUGAAAAUCUCAAAAAAAUUCUCCCAUUUCCUCGUGCCGUCCGGCAAAGGGCGUUUGGUAACCGCUUAUCGUUUUCACAACUUUUUGUGUGUGAAGGAAGCCCAUACCUCGCAAAGCAUUGUGGAUAGUAUUUACGGCCAUCAUCAAGGCGCGCAAGUUGUGCGCAUGCGGAAUGUUGACCCUGCUGGUCACUAAACAUAUUCUCAUCCAAUGAGAGCUUUAAUGAAAUCGGAGGUCACCAGCACCACUGGAUGUGUGCACGAGCGAAUGUUCAGAACCCAACAUUCUUGAAUAAAGAUCAAUUUUUCUUAAUGUAUACUCAGAGUAAAUCAAUAUAUUUUUGUCUUUAUUCAUUGUAGUUAAAAGCCUCUUGUCACUUUUAUUACCAAAAAAAUCAUGAAAAAAAAUUCUCCCCCGGCUGCAAACAUACUGCACAUCAAUAACAAUGAGCUUAUGUUACCCGAACUGGUAACUUGGUGUUCUUUUCAAAUAACCAAAACUUGUGUUGACUAUUAUAAUGCGGACAACAUUUAUUGUAUUAAACAAAGUAUGCAACAUACGUAAUUGGAACAUCACGAAAUUCAUCGGAGAAAUAAACUACCAAAAAAAAUGUA